GGAUGCUUUAAUAGUCCCCCAUCCCAAAAGAGUAAACAAAAGUAAAAGUCUAAUAUCUUGAAAACCGGUGAAUAUUUUUCGCUUAGUGUGCUUGGAGCAGGAAGAGAUUUCUCAUUGUUUAUAGGUGAAUUAGGCUCAGGCAAACAGUUGUUCAUGAUAUAAGUGCUUCUGGCUUUCACUGUUCCUGUUCAUCACUGCUCCUCUAAACCACUCAGAAUACAAAAUGGGCAAGGUUACACAUAAGAAGCUGAAGAAGGCAAAGAAACUUCCCAAGUCAGAAUUGAAAAUGCAGAAAACCACAAGCAAAGAAGUUGUCAAAAAUAGCAUUGUUGAGUCAUCUACCCCAGAAGAUCAACCAAAGAAGGACAAGUGGAUCAACAAGCAGCGCGUUUUGGUGUUUUCGUCGCGCGGCAUCUCGCACCGCUACCGCCACCUGAUGACCGACAUCAAGGCCAUGCUGCCGCACGCCAAGGCCGAGUCCAAAAUGGACAAAAAGGACGAGAAACGCGUCAUAAAUGAGAUCUGUGAGAUGAAGAACUGCAACAAGUGCUUGUUUUUCGAGCCCCGCCGAGAUUCUCUGUACUUGUGGAUGAGCAACGUACCUGAUGGUCCCACUGGCUAUUUUCUGGUCGAAAGCGUGCAUACAAUGCAGGAACUCAAGAUGACUGGGAACUCGCUGAAAGGCUCGAGGCCUUUGCUGUCCUUCGACACAAACUUCACCCUGCCUCAUCUCCAGCUCUUCAAAGAGCUUUUGACACAGGUGUUCGGCACGCCCAAGCUCCACCCGAAGUCUCAGCCGUUCGUCGACCACGUGAUGACGUUCUCAUGGCUGGACCAGCGCAUCUGGUUCCGGAACUAUCAGAUCGUCCAGGAGACGGGCGCGCUGGCCGAAAUCGGGCCCCGGUUCGUCCUCAACCCGGUCAAAGUGUUCGCGGGCAGCUUCCAGGGCGAGAAGCUCUGGGAGAACCCGCACUUUGUCUCGCCAACCUCGCGUCGGCGGCUACUGAAAAUGUCCCUGGCCCACAAGUACAUCCACCGGAAGGACCAGCAGCAGUCGUAUCUCGCGCGCAAACCCGGUAAGGACGAGACGGUCAAGGUGGACGUCACCGAUGACGUGCUGUUGACGUCACACGGUGACGAUAGCGGCGCGGAGGAGGCAGAAGCGCCGCCCAGGCCCGCCCUCGUGAACCGGCGGCGCCACGGAAAGAAGAGGAAGCGCUGAAGUGAUUCCAGCCGCGAGUCCUGGGUGAUGUACUUUCUACAAUGUGAUGUGCCGAAUACAGCUGUGAUGGGGCUGACAUAA